CUCUUCCAGGCCAUGUCCGCCCCAGUGUCCGCCCCGCCACCGCGCACGCCGCCCCCCGGCGCCGACCCGAACGACCCGCGCAUCGCGCACGCGAGCCCCGACCUGCCGGCGCCGUGGCUCCGUCAGUGGUCGGGCGAGUACACCUGUUUCUACUACAUCAACCCCACGACCUCGCCGCCCACCGUGACAUGGACCCACCCGACCCUCACAGACACGCACCCGCCCGAGGCGCACGAGACGCAGCUCGACGCCGCGGACAAGGUGCACCAGUAUUACAAGGCGCAGGAGGCCGCCGCGGGGGGUGAGCAGCGCGCACAGGGCGUGGGGCAGCAGUAUGCCCCGCCGCCCCAGCCACAGUACCAGGCCCCGCCUCAGCAGCAGCAGUACGCCCCGCCACCUCAGCAGUACCAGCAGCCGCCGCAGCAGCAGCAGCAACAGCCACAGUACCAGCAGCCCCCUCCCCAGCAGUACGCGCCCGCGCCCCAGCAACAGCAGCAGCAGUCGAGCGGCCCAGGCCUCGGCAGCACGAUGGCCGCGAGCGCCGCCGGCGCCGGCGGCGCCAUGCUCCUCGGCAACCUCCUCAGUGGCGUGAUGAGCGGCAACCGAUACGGCGCAGGCGGCAUGUUCGGCUCGCCGGGCGGAUACCCGCCCUUCGGGGGCGUGUAUGCCGGUCCUGGGUUCUACGGGCGCCCGCAUGGCGGGUAG